UGGCAUGCAUUCAGGCUAUCGCGCAUUGUUUUCAUUGCAAGUUUGUAUAACAAGACAGUAUUUGCUAGUUCUCUUUUGGGUGGCUAUGUGACAAACGAAGCAAUGCACAAUAUUUCGUUGAGAUGCUUGUAUAUAGGUAAGCCAUUUUUACUCUCUGUAUUUCAUCACGGAGAGCUUCCAGUACCUUACACCAUCUUCUCGUUGCUUCUACAUUCAAAUCAUACAUACAGUUCAUUCUUGAUUUCAACUCUACAUAUUGGGUACCCUCAGCUUCGAGACGAUGAGCGAUUUCGAACGUCUGACGGAGAAGUCCCUGCUUCGGCAUAUGAAUGA